CCACCACACCCACUCACAACUUGGACGAAUCGUUUCCUUGGAUCGAAUGCUCUGAGAGGGCGGAGAGAAGAAAGAAGGUUUCAUCGUUGGUCAUGGCGGAGAACUGCUCGGUGCUCGAUCCGUGGCUGUUCCGCUCGGAACCGGCGUGGAUGAGGGAGGCCUUCGCCCGCGACAACGAGGCGCUCACCCGCGCCCUCCAGAUCUCACUAUCGGACACCUCCUCUUCGGGCGCCGCCACUCCCGCCGCUGCCUCGCCCUCCGCCGCCGCCACCUCCUCCACCUCCCCCUUCCUCCUCCCCCAGCACCACCACCCUCACCUCGCCCCGUCGGCGGCGCCCCUCCGCCCGCGGAAUAACCCGCUCGGCCCCGCCUCUGCCGCCCGGGUCGCCAAGCGCAAGUCGCGCGUGUCCAAGCGAUCGCCCACCACCUACAUCAACACCGACCCGUCCAACUUCCGGGAGAUGGUGCAGCGCGUCACCGGCGUCCAGGUGAUCGGGGAUCUGCCGCCGGACGUCGAGCCGUUGGUGAAGCCCGAGCCGAUCCGGCCCCGUGCCGCUCCUCAACAUGCCUUCCUGCCCACGCUCGACACCUCGGCACUAUUGCUGGCCAACGGCGUCGGGUCUCUCGCUGCGUCGCCCGAACUCCCGGUUUUUGACGCCGACGCGCUGUUGCCGGCCUUCCCCACCCUCGAGUCGUGGGGGGUCAUGUAACGGCCGUUAUGUGCUGUUUGUAAUUGUCCAUUUUGUUAAAAAAAAAAAAAUGCAGCGUUCUGUUUUUUUUUUUUUCUGUGUGUAUUUUAUCAAAACGUGGUAGUACGUUAUGUUUUACUGAAUCAAGUUCCUUGA